CCUGUGGGUUAGCUGUGUUGUGACUCUGUUUGUUGCAGGAUGGAAGGCAGCAAGGAAAGAAGGUUUGGCUAAGUGGCUGGACUGAGCGAAGACAAGAGGGUGAUCUAAUAUCAGAUCCAGGGAAGGAACAUGGGAGAUAUGAAGACGCCUGACUUUGAUGACCUAUUGGCAGCCUUUAACAUCCCUGACAUGGUGGAUCCUAAAGCUGCCAUUGAAUCUGGUCACCAAGAUGAGCAAGAUGGACAACUCAAGCAACAGAGUAAUCGGGGGACUGACUGUGCAGAUGAGUCUCACAACUCCUGCAGCGAACAUGAUGCUGGUGUUAGUGUAAUUGUAAAAAACAUUCGCAGCACAGACACAAGUGAAUAUGUUGGAACCAAAUUUGAUAAAGACAAGUGUUAUAACUCUCAUUCCCAAGCAAGUGCUUUUGGCAGUGGACUAUCUAAUGGCUCCUUAUCAACAGCACCACCAGCUGCUCAACACACUAAGGAAGAAUUGAAAGUUCCCAGAGAUGAUGGAUAUAAAUUCAAUCCUCAAUCUCCUACUUUCACUCAGUUCAGUCCAAUAUCUAGUGCUGAAGAGUUUGAUGAUGAGGACAAAAUUGAAGUAGUUGACACAAGUGGUGUACAGAAAAGCCAAUUCUUCUUCACUUCCAUUGCUAAAGCAGAGGACCAGAUUUUAAAGUUUAACAACAAAUCAGGUCAAAACAAGAAUCAGACUAAAAGAUGUUCUUACAUUUCAUCUCAAUUACCAAUACCAGAAAAAACCCUGAAAGACAAUUUUUUCAAACCUCAAAAUCAAGCCUCCAUGGAUGGUAGAAAGUCACCUGACCUAGUUGAUGUACUAAGUAUCCCACAAGUCAAAGACCAGUCCCCCACAAAACUGUAUUCUUGUAUAGCAGCUAUUGCAUCACUAAGUGGGAAAACAACUGACUUUGAUGUGUUGGACUCUAUACCAGCACAGAAAGAGCCUAAACCAUCUAAGGAAAAUCUCAGAGGAAUAGACAGACUACAGGAGCAAGAGUCAGACAUUGAUUUGACAAUGAACCUUCUUACCAGGGAACCAGAAAGCCCCUCUGGUGUUAUCAGUGAGGGCAGCAACAAAGGUUCCCCUGCUUCUAACAUAGACACCACUCCAGUCAUUCCAAAGGUUAGAAUUAAAACAAUUAAGACCUCUUCUGGACAGAUCAAGCGUACUGUCAGCAGAGUCCUUCCGGAAUUUGAUACUGAAAGCUUGAAGAAUGAAGACAAUAGUCCAUGUCUUAUGACAACUACCAGCACAAUUUUUACAUCACCAUCAAAGCCCUCUUUGCCAUCAACCGUGGUAGCAACCACUGUGUGCCCAUCAAUUGAAAUCACAAAACAAAUGACUAUUAAGCCUGUGGCAACAGCUUUCUUGCCAGUAUCCGCAGUCAAAACAGCCAGUUCACAAGUUAUUAACCUCAAGCUGGCUAACAACACUACUGUCAAAGCAACAGUUAUCCCUGCCGCAUCUGUGCAAAGUGCCAGCAGUGCUAUCCUGAAAGCCGCAAAUGCUAUCCAGCAACAAACGGUCUUGGUGCCUGCCUCCAGUUUGGCCAAUGCUAAACUGCCAAAGACAGUGCAUCUUAGUAACCUCAGUCUUCUUCCUCAGACAGUGUCUGUUGCUUGUGAUCUUCAGCAGGUCUUAUGCUCCUCAAAACCUUCCCAGAAGCAACGAUCACAACAAAGUAAACAGACUGGCGUCACUGGCCAAGCUUCCAAAAAUCUCUCGGUUCAGAUGUUCACAAGCUCUCAAGGCUCUGUAGUAGAUGCUUUCAAUAAAGUCCUAAGUAGCCUGAACCCUCUUCCUGUGUAUGUCCCAAACCUCUCUCCACCAACCUCAGCCUGUAUUUUACUACCCUCCCGGGGCUACAAGUGCCUGGAGUGUGGAGAUUCGUUUGCUCUCGAAAAGAGCCUGAAACACCACUAUGAACGCCGAAGUGUGAGAAUCGAGGUCACCUGCAACCAUUGUGCCAAAAGUUUGGUUUUCUACAAAUGUAGCCUGUUAUCUCAUGCGAGAGGUCACAAGGACCAAGUGGUCAUGCAGUGUUCACAUCUAAUCCUCAAACCCAUUCCUGUAGAUCAGAUGAUUAAUUCAUCAAAUUUGCCAGUGGCCCCUUGCAUCACUAUCAACACCCCCACAUCUCAAGCACAGGCACCUGCAAGUCAAACACAAGCUAAGAUUGCUGGUGGUAACCAGACUACAGUGAUAUCAGCGCCAUGCAGCGCUCCCCUUGUGGCAGCCAUGCCUUUGGAGGAUGAUGCAUCAAAGCUUGGUCGGCACAACUUGAAAUGUUUGGAGUGCACUGAAAUAUUCCAGGAUGACAGUUCACUGGCCAUGCACUAUCAACAAGCACCAGAACCCAACAGUCAGAAAACAUGCACAGUUUGCCAGAUGCUUCUUCCAAAUCAAUGCAGCUUUCUGUCCCACCAACGAAUCCAUCAGCACAAGUCCCCUUAUAUUUGUCCAGAGUGUGGUGCCAGUUGUCGGUCUGUUCACUUUCAGACCCACGUCACCAAGAACUGCCUGCACUACACUCGAGUCGGCUAUCGCUGUGCUCACUGUAGCGUGAUCUUUGUUGAUGUUACAACUCUCAAGUCUCACAUCCAGAACAUGCACUCUGAGGUCUUCUACAAAUGUCCACUCUGCCCCAUGGCUUUCAAGUCUGCUCCAGGAACUCACUCGCAUGCAUACACACAGCAUCCAGGGGCCAAGGCAGGCGAGCCCAAGGUGAUAUAUAAAUGCUCCAUGUGUGACACAGUGUUCACUCUCCAGUCCUUGCUCAGCUCACAUGAGCAGCACAUUUCCAAUUUUAAAGUUUCCAUCUUUAAAUGUCCCGACUGUUCCGUGCACUAUGCCCAGAAGCAGUUGAUGCUGGACCACAUUAAGGCCAUCCAUGGAACCCUGAAGACCAUAGAGGGUCCACCAAACCUGGGGAUCAACCUUCCACUUAGCAAGCCCACCAACUCCAACAGCACCAACAGCAACAUCCCCAAAAAUAACAACAAAGACGGAGAAAAUGUCUUUUGUCAAGAUAAGGGAGAAAAGAAGCCAUCGUCAUCGCCGCUGAAGACAACCAAUAGCAACUGCGCAGCAGACCUGAAGAGCCCUGUCAGCUCAGGAUACACAUGUGGAGAAUGCAACGCCCCCCUCAGGUCCAGGGAGCUGUUCGUCACACACAUGAGCGAACAUGGCAAGAUACUGAAGAAGCAUCCAUGUCAACAGUGUGACAAGUCUUUCAGCUCCUCCCACAGUCUUUGCCGACACAACCGUCUAAAACAUAAAGGACCGAAGGUCUACACCUGCCCACACUGCCCUGCUCUAAGUCAGCCCUUCACAAAAAGAGUGCUGCUGGACCAGCACAUUCAGAUGAUUCAUGGAGGUAAAUCCGUGAACCCAGCAGGAAGGACUGAAAAUGUUGAGACCCCACCGGACAACCAAACGAACCGAAGCCCCAAAAGAAAUCCAGAUGAAGAUGAGGGGUCUCCAGGCUUGAACUCCAGGGGUUCCGACUCACAACCAUUAAGACUAAAAGUGAACGUCCCCAAAAAUCACAAAUGUGCCGUCUGUGGCUUCGCCACUGAGGAUAUUGCUGCUUUCCACACGCACAUUCCCCAGCACAAGUCUGAUGGCUCGUCCCACCAGUGUCAGGAGUGCGGACUCUGCUACACCUCCCCCUCGCUGGCCCGACACCUCUUCAUCGUCCAUCGGCUUAAGGAGCUCAAGAGUCUCGGUAGAUAUAAUGGGAGAGCGGAAGAUGAAGAGAGUCAACGGGAAAACCAACUGGAUGUUGUAGAUGAGAACAAUGACGGGACGCCGAAUACCAAAUGUAAGGUGUGUGGGAAUACGUUUGAGACUGAAGGACAUUUGAAAACUCACAUGAGGACACAUGGGAUGGCAUUCAUAAGGUCAAAGACCCUGAGCGCUGCUCAAAAGUGAGAGAAAGAUGAAUUAUAACCAUUCCAUGAGUUUCUUAAACUUGUGGUACCUCCUAUAGAUGUGG